GUUGGCUUUCCGACUAGCUUCACAGCUGUUAGGGAGGCUCCGGAGAAAGUGAGAGACAGGAAUCAAAGACAGAGAGAGAUGGCUGAAGGGCAGGAGGAGAGGACCGGGUCAAGAGCGUCUUUGGAAACCAGCCUAAGGUGACCUUCAUCAUCCGGAUUAUCAGCACUGUGAAAAGACUCUAGACCGGAGAAACAAUACAGCGACCCACCCGGCCUGAAGAAGACACGCACUCACGUACAGCCUGACAGAGACGGUUUUUGACCUGCUCAUCCGAGGAGCAUUCAUCAAUAGGCUAUCUGAAUCAUUUCUGCCUACAGUAUCUUAGAACUGCACCAGAUUCCGUUUUGGUCUUUUAGACUGAGAGGACUUGGGUCAGCCUCAGCUGAGUGUGUGGACCUGCUGAUCUAGUGGAGCUCCAGCUCCAAAGGCCGAUGGCCCUCGUUUCUCCCUUCCAGUGAGAGGUGAGCCAAGCUGGCCUCCCCGGCCCCCUCCCUGCCCCCCGCCCCCGACCUGGACCCAGACCCAGACCCAGACCCUGACAAGAGCCACGCCAAUGAAGAGCAGUAUGUGAGCGAGGGUGAGGUCCCGCUUGACCCACAACCAGUGCCUGACUGCAGGGACGCUGAGACCAUCACAGAUGUGUGUAACAGUACUGACCUGCCAGAGUUUGAGAUCAUCAGUCUUCUAGAGGAGCAGCUGCCGGUAUAUCGGUUACGGGCUGACACCGUCUACGGCUACGAUCACGAUGACUGGCUCCACACGCCCCUUGUCGCUCCGGACACCAGGUUUGACCUGACCACCGAGCAGAUUGAAGAAACACUCAAAUACUUCUUGCUAUGUGCAGACAGAGUGGGCCAGAUGACUAAGACCUACAAUGACAUCGAUGCAGUCACACGUCUUCUGGAGGAGAAAGAGAGAGAUUUGGAGCUGGCCGCGAGAAUCGGCCAAUCUCUUCUUAAGAAAAACAGAAAUCUGACCGAGCAGAAUGACUAUCUGGAGGAACGAGUGGGACAAAUCACAGAGGAGGUGGCCCAGCUUCACCAUGAGCUGAACCUGAAGGAUGAGCUUCUGCAGUUUUACACCAAUGCAGCUGAAGAGAGCGAGGAUGAGACUGGCAGCUCCCCAACGGGAAAGAAAAGUAAAUUGGAAAGUGCCGCAGGAGGCUUCCUGAGUGACACACUCCAGAGGAAACUCAAAGAUCUGGAGGAGGAGAACCUGAGUCUCCGCUCAGAGGCUCACCAUCUGAAGUCAGAGACAGAAACGUAUGAAGAAAAGGAGCAGCAGCUUGUCAACGACUGUGUUAAGGAGCUCAGGUUGUCCAGUCUUCAAAUCUCCACCAUAGCUGAGGAAUUAGCUCGUAAGACUGAGGAUGCUUCGCGACAACAAGAAGAGAUCACACACCUCCUCUCUCAGAUAGUUGAUCUGCAGAAGAAAGCCAAAUCUUUUGCAGUAGAAAACGAGGAGCUUUCUCAACACCUAGUAGCAGCUAAAGAUGCCCAAAAGCAGCUUACAGUAGAGCUACAAGAGUUGGAGGAGAAAUAUUCAGAGUGUAUCGAGAUGCUGCAUGAAGCCCAGGAGGAGCUGAAGAACCUGAGGAACAGGAACUAUCCUGCAGGAACCCCUCGACGCUUCCAUCCUCUGGGGCUGUACCCAAUGGAUUCUCUGGCUGCUGAGAUCGAGGGAACAAUGAGGAAGGAGAUGAGUCUGGAUGACCCUGAGUGUGAGGAACAGAAAACUCAUAGGAAGAGAGUUUUUGAGACGGUUAAGACCGUUAACCAGACCGUCCGUCAGCGCUCUCUGACCCCAACCGGCUCCAACAUCCCCGGCUCCAACCAGUCUCUGUCAACACGGACAUCACCCCAAUCCAGUGGCCUGUCCACCCCUCACUCCACCAUCUACGGAUGUGACGUCAGUGGGGACAGCGUUGCUCUUGACAACCGAACCCAGAGCAUACUGAUGGAGGAGGCAUCAAACCAGGAUAACACAGAGAGCCGAGAGAAGAAAGCAUCUGGAGCUGAGGACCUGCGGCUUGCCCUUCGCCGCCUUUCUCUGCGGCGACAAAACAACUUGAGUGAGAGGCGCUUCUUUGAGGAAGAGAGGGAUCGAAGACGGGGAGGACAUGGCGGUCUGCAUGAUGCCCUGGGCCAGGAGAGUGUUAUGACUCCCUCAGAAAGCAUCAUGUCCCUUGGUAACCUCCAUGUUUGGGCCUCACGAGGGCCCUACCUCCCUGACAAACUCCAGAUCGUCAAGCCACUUGAAGGCUCCGCCACUCUGCAUCACUGGCAGCAGUUAGCCCAGCCUCACCUUGGUGUCAUCCUGGAUGCUAGGCCCGGAGUUGUGCCAAAAGGCUACAGACCCCUGGAACUAGAGCUGGAACAGGUUUAUCCAUGGGGCGGCUUGGAGGAGGAUGAACCAGGGGAGCAAUAUUUCCAGAAUCUACCCACCUCAUCUGCAACCGCCUCACCAGCUGUGCCCCCCACAUCCAGCAUCAGUGACCCUUACCUUGGGCAGCCCCCACCUAUCCUCCCUCUACCAUCUCCACCCUCUCCAUCACCAUCUCCUCAUCUCAGCAACACUGACGUCCUAGCUGCAUACUACCCUGGUAAAUGCAUGGCCCACACCAGCUCUACCUACACCUUUACAACCUGUCGGAUCCUCCAUCCAACAGACGAGCAGACACGGGUCACACCAAGUCUAAACCCAGUCCCAUCAUCCUCCUCCUGUGUGAUGACCAGCACCCUGUUGGGCACUCCAGUUGCUACACCCUGCACACCACGCAGGCUCGGUCUCAGGCCAUCUGAAUCCUCAACUAACCUCAGAGAUGCAACACGUACCACCAGCACUUCCUUAGGGUUAGUGCGCCUUCUCCAGGAGAGAGGGAUCUCAGCAGCAAUGUAUCACCAGAGUUCGAGUCUGGAGCAGGGUCAGGGCAAUGGAGGAGUCUUAUUCAGCACCUCCAUUGCCCCUAACAGAGCACCAAACCCUGACCCUCUGCGCCCCUCUACUCCUCCCAACUCACCCACAGGAGAGGGAACGUCUGCUGCCCCAACCCCUGCAGGAUUUGACUUCAAGAGCCCCUCCUAUGACAACUUCCUGGCCUCCAAACCAGCCCGCUCAAUUCUGAAAGAGGUGGCUGGGCGGAUGAGGGGGAGACAGAGAGGAAGGGAUUGUGAAAGCCAGACAGACGUAAGCGUGACAGUCCACAACCUCAACUUGCUGGACAAGGUGAAGCGACUGGGUGUGGCUGGAGCUUCAGGGGGCAGAGCAGUGAGUCCCAGCCCCAUCCUGGGGCCCCUGGGCGGGCUGCGCAGAUCCGGCUCCCCUUUUGGGCCUGAUGGAAUGAGGAGGAACCGGAGUUAUCCAGCCAUGGUUGGUGCCAGCAUGGCCAUGAAAGCCCCGGGACCCCAGGAGUAGUCUGGUCUGCUGCUAGCCAUCAGGCCAAGUAGGAGCCAGGCAGGGCCAAGGGCUGAUUAGUCUUAUAGAGUCCAGACAUGUCCAUAUUGUACAUCUAAAAACAACAUGUCACAACUAACCAGUCUUAUCACUGCUGGGGUUCAAAACAUACACUGUCCACUUUUUAGAGCUUUAACGCGGUGAAUCACGCCUGAAUUAGAAUUAAAAAACUUAACGGCAGGUUCAUCCGCAACCGCAACCACAAAAGCUUCUUUUUGUAUGUAGCCAUGCAGAAAGUUUUGGUCUUUAUGUGCCCAUGUUUUGAGAUAUAAAAUUGACUAACUAAUUUAACUUCAAGACUUUAAGAAGGAAGACAUUUUUGGCCUUGCUCUGUCCAAAAAAAAAGAAAGUUUAAUUUCGUGGCUUAAAAAGUGAUAGAUGGUUUAGCUAUUUCUACAGCAACUCCAAUCAAAACUACAAGUUUUUCUUGUCAUAUUGCGUAACAAUGUUGGUGAAGUUUGACCAUGAUACAUUUAACGUUAUAAUGAGCUUUAGAGGAGCUGUUUAGUAGUUAUUUUCAUUUGUCGUGAGGCUCUGUUCACCUUGCUUCAGUCUUAUGCUAAGCUAAUUGCCUUAAUUAUUUACCUCCAUAUUUCACAAAGACUUGACAAUUGUAUCAAUUUUCUUACACAACUCAAUUUAAAUGAAAUAUUUUAGGAUUAAACAAGUUGGAACUGUUGACUACAGUGCAAUAGCAAUAUUAGAAAAAUUAUAAUUCCUGUUAAAAUGUUAGCAUCUCUUGCUACAGGGCUCUAUGGGUUAGUCUGUCAGUUCGUCCGUCCACAAGAUUUUAGUACAGAUGUAAAUAUCUGAGAAAUUAAUGGAUAUACUUGCCAUAUAAUGUAGUUCAGAAGCUUGGGUCCCCUUCAAGCUAUAUUUAUGAUAACUCUGGAGGUUCUUUGAUUUUUUUUUUUUCCCAAUGUCAUUAUUUCACAACUUUUGACCUGACAUUUGUUUCAUUCAACUGUCUGAAAAUUUAAAAAAAUCCCAUCAGUCUCUUCUGUACUCAAGUUUUACAGCAACUUAGAAUAUCUUAAUAAUCUAAGAUCUAGAUGUUCAAAAUGUACCCACAAAACACUUAGCUACAUGUUCAGUAUGUUUGAAUCCCUGAGCUGUCACUACUUUUUGUUAUUUUUGGCACAGAUAUCUGAAAAUGUGGGCACAUAAAACCAAUUUAAUGUCUUUUCACUUAAUGAAAUUACCUGUUAAAAAGGGAAAAUCUCAUAAGAGAGCUAUUAAAAAAUCUGUGUGGUAAAAUAAUAAAUCAAUAUAUCCAACUGCUGUCCACUCACAUCCCUGCUUUGGAGACUGAAUCUGCUGGCUAGAUGUUGUACUCCCAUUCUUGCCUUUUUGGAAACACAUCCACAAAAUCCCGGACACAUCCAGACACACACUGACAUACUCUGCUCCCUGUGGCACUGGUUGGCUCUUUGUAGUCGCUGUAGCACUAAGUUAUGCCUUUCUUCCUCUAUUAUUGGAUAGAUUAAGAUCCACAUUUUGUAAACAUUAAAAAACACCAAAUACAUUAAAAUAUGCCUUCCCUUCCCUUCCCUCACUUCCUCCGCUCAGUCUAGUCUUUACCUAAACACCUCCUGAAGUGAUUAGCUCAGAGUCAACAAGUCACUUUCAACAAAUCAUUGAAAGAUUUUGUGUCAGUAUUAAGAUACUGGUUUAGUUUCUAAUUGGCCAUUAGACAGGGAAGAAGAUGGUGCUUCCAGUGAACUGAACAGAUCAAUACACUGAAGCCGCAGCUCACAGAGAGGGAAGAGAGACGGAUGAGUGAUGUGAUUGUUGUUAAUCAGCUGUCGUGGUCAGAAGCUUUCGGACAAAUGAAGCAAUAUAGUGCCUGGACCAUGUGUGUUUGAAGAUUUCUGUUCUUCGUGUGAUGGGUUCAGAGUGGGAAUGAGCUGUUGGAGCCAUUUUUACACUUUGGUUUAUUUAUUUAAGAAAUCCUAUGAAUUUAACUAAAUUAUGUCAUACAUGUGCUCACUGUAUAUAUAGGUCUUUUUCACUAAGUUGUCAGUAAUGACAUAAAGAAACUGUUAUGUGUAGUGCUUAACCAAGAACAAUACAUUAUUGUGAGUAUUGGGGAGAGCAUGUAAUGAAGGCUUUUUCCUUUUUUUUUUUCAAAUAAAAUUUCAAACAUAAAUGU